GUGGUCUGCAGUGUGCCAACCAGCAUUUGAACGGAAAUGUCAUUGUGUCCAAAUGCUUGUAGCCAUAUUUGAUGAACAAGAUCCACACCAUGGUGGUGAUGGCACCAGCGCUAGCUCAACAGGUACUCAAAGUCCAGAGAUUUUUGGCAGUGAACUUGGCUCCAAUUCUGUGUCAGCCUUUCAGCCUUAUCAAGCAACAAGUGAAAUUGAAGUCACACCUUCAGUUCUUCGGGCUAAUAUGCCACUUCAUGUACGGCGUAGCAGUGACCCCGCAUUGAUUGGCCUUUCAACUUCUGUAAGCGAUACUAAUUUUUCUUCAGAAGAACCUUCCCGAAAAAACCCCUCAAGAUGGUCCACAACAGCAGGCUUCCUCAAGCAAAAUACUCCUGGGAUGCCCAGUAGUCAUGACAGAAAGGAUGAAGAUGGGACGGAGGAGGACAAUAGCAGAGUUGAACCAGUUGGACACGCAGACAGUGGUUUGGAGAGCACAACUAAUUUUUCCUUAGAUGAUAUGGUGAAACUCGUAGAAGUCUCCAAUGAUGGCGGGCCUUUGGGAAUCCAUGUAGUGCCUUUCAGUGCCCGAGGCGGAAGAACCCUGGGAUUAUUAGUAAAACGACUAGAGAAAGGUGGAAAAGCUGAACAAGAAAACCUUUUUCAUGAGAAUGAUUGUAUUGUCAGGAUUAACGAUGGAGACCUUCGGAAUAGGAGAUUUGAACAAGCACAGCAUAUGUUUCGUCAAGCCAUGCGUUCGCCAAUCAUUUGGUUCCAUGUGGUUCCUGCAUCAAAUAAAGAGCAGUAUGAACAAUUAUCCCAAAGUGAGAAGAACAUGUACUAUUCCAACCGGUUUAGCCCUGAUUCUCAGUAUAUCGACAACAAGAGUAUUAACAAUGCUGGACUUCACACAUUACAAAGAAUAUCUAGAAUGAGUAACCAGACAGAUCAAACAGACUCUUACUCACAGCUACCUCAUACUGUGAAUUCAUCAGGGAAACCACCAUCUGGCCUGGCUCCAUCACCUCAAAAAGUUCUUACCUCCAAUGCUAACAGUGGUUAUAACACCAAAAAGAUAGGGAAGAGACUUAAUAUACAACUGAGAAAAGGUACAGAAGGCUUGGGAUUUAGCAUCACUUCAAGAGAUGUGCCAAUUGGUGGCUCAGCUCCAAUUUAUGUGAAAAACAUCCUUCCAAGAGGUGCAGCUAUUCAAGAUGGGAGAUUAAAGGCUGGAGACCGACUUAUUGAGGUAAAUGGAGUUGAUUUAACAGGCAAAACUCAGGAGGAAGCUGUCUCCCUGCUGAGAAGCACCAAGAUGGGAGGGACUGUGAGCCUUUUGAUUUUCCGUCAGGAAGAAACAUUCCAUCCAAGGGAACUGAAUGCAGAACAAAGCCAGUCACAAAUUCCAAAGGAAACGAAAUCAGAGGAAGAAGAUCUUGUUCUUACACCUGAUGGCACCAGGGAAUUUCUGACAUUUGAAGUUCCACUUAAUGAUUCUGGAUCAGCUGGUCUUGGUGUCAGUGUGAAAGGUAACCGGUCAAAAGAAAACCAUGCAGAUUUGGGAAUCUUUGUCAAGUCCAUUAUUAACGGAGGAGCAGCAUCCAAGGAUGGCAGGCUUAGAGUGAAUGAUCAGCUAAUAGCAGUAAAUGGAGAAUCAUUAUUAGGCAAAACAAACCAAGAUGCUAUGGAAACCCUAAGAAGGUCCAUGUCUACAGAAGGAAACAAACGAGGAAUGAUUCAGCUUAUUGUAGCUAGACGAAUAAGUAAAUGCAAUGAGUUGGAGUCACCUGGAAGUCCCCCUGGGCCAGAACUGCCUAUAGACACCAUACUUGAUGACAGGGAACGUAGAAUUUCCCAUUCACUAUACAGUGGGAUCGAGGGACUCACCGAGUCACCCACAAGGACUGCAGCACUAAGUAGGAUAAUGGGUAAAUACCAGCUGUCUCCAACAGUGAACAUGCCACAAGAUGAUACUGUUAUUAUUGAAGAUGAUAGACUGCCAGUACUUCCUCCUCAUCUUUCUGACCAGUCAUCUUCCAGCUCCCAUGAUGAUGUAGGAUUUGGAACAGCAGAUGUUGGUGCAUGGGCUAAAGCCACAAUUAAUGAAUCUACAGACUGCACUCUUAGUCCAGAUGUUGAUCCAGUGCUUGCCUUCCAGCGAGAGGGUUUUGGACGCCAGAGCAUGUCAGAAAAACGCACAAAACAAUACUCAGAUGCCAGUCAAUUGGAGUUUGUUAAAACACGAAAAUCUAAAAGCAUGGAUUUAGUAGCUGACGAAACUAAGCUCAGUACAGUGGAUGACCAGAAAACAGGUUCCCCAACAAGAGACGUGGGUCCUUCAUUAGGACUGAAGAAAUCCAGUUCAUUAGAAAGUCUACAGACAGCUGUUGCUGAAGUGACUUUGAAUGGUGACAUUCCUUUCCAUCGUCCACGGCCACGAAUAAUCCGAGGACGAGGUUGCAAUGAAAGCUUCAGAGCUGCAAUUGACAAAUCAUAUGAUAAACCUGUUGCAGAUGACGACGAUGAAGGCAUGGAGACCUUGGAGGAAGACACAGAGGAAAGUUCAAGAUCAGGCAGAGAAUCUGUGUCCACAGCAAGUGACCAGCCAUCCCACUCAUUGGAGAGACAGAUGAAUGGAAGCCAAGAUAAAGGGGACAGGAAAAAAGCGGGAAAGGACAAGAAGAAAGACCGUGAUAAAGAGAAGGAUAAAAUUAAGGCAAAGAAAGGAAUGCUCAAAGGCUUAGGAGACAUGUUCAGGUUUGGCAAACAUCGCAAAGAUGACAAGAUUGAGAAAUCUGGUAAAAUAAAAGUUCAGGAAGCCCUUACUUCAGAAGAGGAGAGAAUACGAAUGAAGCAAGAACAGGAGAGAAUUCAAGCCAAAACUCGGGAAUUUCGAGAGCGACAAGCUCGUGAACGUGACUAUGCUGAGAUACAAGAUUUUAACCGGACAUUUGGAUGUGAGGCUGACUCAAUGUAUGCUGGAAAUGCUUCAUAUGACUCUUCCACAAAUAGUGGCACAAUGACUUUGAACGCCAGGCCCCAGAGCCCCAGAGAAGGACAGACAGUUGAAGCGUUGUAUGCCCAAGUGAAAAAACCAAGAAAUUCAAAGUCUUCACCUGUAGACAGCAACAGAUCAACUCCUAGCAAUCAUGAUCGGAUACAGCGUCUGAGGCACGAAUUUCAGCAAGCAAAGCAAGAUGAAGAUGUGGAAGACCGCAGACGUACCUAUAGUUUUGAACAACCAUGGCCAAACUCCAAGACAUAUUCACAAAGUGGCAGACACUCUGUAUCUGUAGAAGUUCAAAUGCAGCGGCAACGACAAGAAGAAAGAGAGAGUUUCCAACAAGCUCAGCGCCAGUAUAGUUCAUUACCCAGGCAGAGUAGAAAAAAUGCAAGUUCUAUAUCUCAAGAUUCCUGGGAACAGAGCUACUCUCCUGGUGAAGGGUUCCAGACUGCAAAGGAAAACCCCAGGUAUUCCAGCUAUCAGGGAUCAAGAAAUGGCUACAUGGGAGGCCAUGGUUUCAAUGCCAGGGUAAUGCUGGAAACACAAGAACUGCUCCGUCAAGAACAGAGGCGGAAAGAGCAACAGCUGAAAAAAAAAAUGUCUUCUGAAGGGACGAACAACUAUGACUCAUAUAAGAAACUUCAGGACCCUAAUUAUGUCCCUCUGAAAGGUCCUUUCAGGCAAGAUGUGCCACCUUCUCCAUCUCAGGUAGCCAGGCUGAACAGAUUACAAACUCCAGAAAAGGGAAGGCCAUUUUAUUCUUGAGUUGAAGAAAAAGAUGAGCAACAUAUCAUGCAAUAAGGAACAUUUCCAUAAAAAGACUUGUAUUUCAAAAAACUGUUUAAACUGAUGGUACUAAGGAAUAUGUCUGUUGUCUGUUUCAGUGCCUUUAGCAAUCGGGGCAAAGAAUUAAUAGGCCUUAAGUCUUUGCCAUUCUGUCCCAAGUGUUAUUUUCAUGGAAGGCUUUUCUAUCAUUUGACAAUCAUACUAUAGGUAAGCAAUGUGUUGGUUACCAAACAUUCUAGCUGUCAGUGGCUUAUUAUUCAGAUUUGCUCUAAUGUGGUCUACUUUGCGACAAAUUAUUGCACCAACAUACAGCAUUGUGGCAUAAAUUAAUGAAUUUGAAGGUGAAGAAGGCAUUGACACAUCUCUAUUAUUUCUCAUGGGGUAGGGACCGGGAUACAUAUCACUCUUGAGUGGUUAGGGCUUAAGUCCACUCAAGAUCAUGUUCUAAGUUGUUUUAUGGUGGAGUCAUUUACAGUCUUUGUUGAUCAAUAUUUAAUUGUCUAUAUGCUAAAAAAAUGUUUUUCUCCUGUUAUGCGCACAUUCUCUUUCUCUGAGCUCAUAUAAAAAAUCUUUAUCCUGAUUCAUAAGCAAAACAAUAUUAUGGCUUUCAGUUAACCUGGGAAUCCUGUUACAGUGUCUUAUAUCUUAACAUGUAGUACUUUACCCGUGAAAUAACUAAAGAGAGGGUAUUACAUUUAUAAAUUAAACCCCAGUCCAGACAAGGACAACUAUAUUUGUUCUUUUGUGAAAUAUGAGGAAUCGUGGAAAAAUGUAAGGCUAAAUAGUGGUUUGAUUUCCUUAACAAUUUAUUGGGUCAUGUGAAAAUUUUAUCUAAGAAAAGAAUUAGGGAAGAAUUACCCUGACAAUCAUCAUAUAUAUGAUUACAAUGAACUUAUCUAUAUUAUGGCAGGGUUGGGAGGAGGGCUUAA